AUGAGCAACUCAACAUUCAAAGUUGUAACUAUUGCCGGUGCAACUGGUAGUUUAGGUUACCAUAUAACUGAUGCUUUUUUGAAUAAUGGUUCUUAUAAGAUUAAGAUUCUUCGAAAGAAGCCAAAAUCUGAAAAUAAGAAUGCCAGUUUAUUGGCUUCCAAAGGUGCUGAAGUUAUUUACGUGGACUACAAUGAUAAAAAUGAUCUUGCCAAAACUCUUAAAGGAACUGAUGUUAUUGUCAGCGCUAUUGGCGGUAACGAACUUGAAGCCACUCAACGUACUCUUUUAAUUGCUGCUAAAGAAGCUGGUGUAAAAAGAUUCAUCCCAUCUGAAUUUGGUUGUGAUAUUAAAACGAUAAAUGAUGUCCAUUUAUUUCACGCUUCCAAACUUGCAUUCCUUCAAGAAUUAGAAAAAAGUGGAAUUGAAUACACUAUUAUUGUUACCGGUUUAUUCCAAGAAUAUAUUGGUAUUUUAGGAUUCGAUCAUAAAAAUAAGAAAGCUACGUUCUACGCGGAUAGUAACACAAAGAUAGCCACCACUGCCUUGUCCGAUAUUGGAAAAUAUACUGUUGAGUCUCUUAAGUUGCCUGAAGCCCGUAAUGGUACUAUCAGAGUUGCAGGCUCUGUCUUAACACUGAAUGAAUUGCUCAAAAAGUAUGAAGAAAUUACUGGCACCAAAUGGGAAGUUUCCGAAGAUUUUACCAUCAGACAAAGAUUUAAAAAUAAUACCGCACCAGUUCCUACAAUCAUGGAUGAUUUUGCUGCCUAUUUAACUGUUAAUUCAGACAUCAAAAAUUUACAUAACGAUAAAUUUAGUUUCACUCCUAUUCCUGUUGCUGAAGUUAUCAGUACCAUUGUAAAAACUUAG